UCAAACAUUCGUGGCACAGGCAUCAGUCAGUUUCUGAAGUUGCUCAAACAACAGUGCAAUCUGAAGACUUUCUAUUUGUAUCUAAUUUACUUUUUUGUGAAAACUACUUAAAAACAAUCAAUCAAAAUGCCUUGCCCCUGUGGAACUGGUUGCAAAUGCUCUUCUCAAAGUGGAACUGGCAAUUGUGGUUGCGGCUCUUCAUGCAAAUGCUCAUCUGGUGGUAGUUGCGACAAGGGCAACUGCGGCAAGUAAAGUGAUUCUUUUGUAUACAUUUACAUAUAUAUUUUAUUUGAUUGGAUCGAAUUGUAUUUAAUUAAGACUUAUUUAGUUUAUAAAAUUUGUAUAACAUACAUGUGAAAAUGUAUUAAAUUAAUUUAAGUGAAAUUUACAAA